AUGGCUUCUGUCGGCGGCACGACAGCUGGCGGAAGCGACGGGUCAGGGACCCAGAGAGCACGAGCUGAAGGCAACAAAGGAGGCCGUGGGGGCCGCGGCGGGCGAGGCCGGGGUCGAGGCGACUCGAGCGCACGCGGCGGCGGAGGCGGCGCCAAGCAACGUGGCAAGGGACGAGGGGGCUCUAAUGCCCAAGCAGGCGAUACCCCGGCCGCACCAGCUGCAGAUGCGCAAGCCAAGCUGGCACCAGCUGGCGGCGACGCCGACGACGACGCCGACAGCGAGGUGUGCUUCAUCUGCGCCAACCCCGUAACGCACAUCUCGAUCGCGCCUUGCAACCACAUUACCUGUCACAUCUGCGCGCUCCGCAUGCGGGCCCUUUAUAAGAACAAGGACUGCCCGCAUUGCCGGACGGCGGCGCCGUUUGUAAUCUUCACCGACGACGCGAACAAGCGGUUCGACGAGUACACCAGCUCGGAUAUCUCUAGCGCCGACGAGAACAUCGGCAUCCGCUACACCAACGAGGACAUCGUGGGCGACACGGUCCUGCUGUUGAGAUACAACUGCCCAGAUGCGUCGUGCGACUACGCCGGCCUGGGCUGGCCCGACCUGCACCGACACACGCGGUCGGCGCACAACAAGCGCAUGUGCGAUCUCUGCACUCGCAACAAGAAGGUCUUCACGCACGAGCAUGAGCUGUUCAGCGACAAGGGCGUCGGCGACCACAUGCGCAACGGCGACGACAAGCCCGGCGCCGAGAACCAGAGCGGCUUCCGCGGCCACCCACUCUGCGCCUUCUGUGGCGAGCGCUUCUACGAUGACGACAAGCUGUACGAGCACUGCCGGCACAAGCACGAGCGCUGCUUCAUCUGUGACCGCAGAGACUCGCGCCAGCCACACUACUACCGCGACUACAACGCGCUCGAAAAGCACUUUGGCGAUGAUCACUUUCUGUGUGCCGACAGGGAGUGCUUGGAGAAGAAGUUUGUCGUCUUCGACUCGGAGAUGGACCUCAAAGCACACCAGCUGAGCGAGCACAGCAACUCGCUGUCCAAGGACCUGAGGAGGGACGCGAGGCAGGUGGAUAUGGCCGGCUUCGACAUCAGGCCAUCGUAUCAACAGGAGAGGAGAGGGGGCGGAGGUGGCGGCAGCGGCGGAGGAAGGGACGGUCGUGAUGGCGGCAGGGAGGGGCGCGGACGAGGCCGCGAUCCCAAUGCGGAGCCCAUACCGGCAAGCACCGCCCAGCCCAUGCGGAGAGACGAGAUCGCAUUCCAGCGCCAGAUGGCCAUCCACUCUGCGCAAUCGAUUACUAGCAGGACGUUUGGUGGGCAGCUCACCACACCCGGUUCGAGCCAAAACCCCGCUCCAUCCCGCGCCGCCGGCGGUGGUGGUGGGGCCUCGACAGGGGUUGGACGGGGCCAGGGGGGCGGCGCGCCCCCUGCCGACGCCUUGGCGACACUUUCAUUCACGGGUGUCACGAACCUGACGCCCCAGGACCACGCCCGCCUCGCGCGGCACGGCGCAGUGAUCGAGCGUGCAUCAAACCUGCUUGGCAACGAUGCCGCCAAGAUGACCAAAUUCCGCGAGGACAUCUCAUCGUAUAAGCAAGGCUCCUUGUCAGCCGGGCAGCUCGUUGAUGGCUUCUUUGCGCUCUUUAACGACACUUCUUCCAAUGCGCUGGGCACGCUCGUUCGAGAAGUGUCGGACCUGUUUGAGGACAAGGCCAAAGGCGACGCCCUCCGUAAGGCGUGGCAGGACUGGCGCGCUAUCAACGAGGACUACCCCUCGCUGCCAGGCUUGGGAGGCAUGCACGGUGCUACCUCUCCGUCUAGCGGAUGGGCCGGCGCCGUCGGAGCCUCGCCGCUGAUGUUGGGCGGGGCGACAGUGACGCAGCAGCAGAGGCACACGACAAGGGUGCUGAAGCUCAAAAAUAGCACACGCCGGGGGAGCAGCUCAAGCGCCGGCUCCUCGGCUCCUUCUAUGGGCGGGAGCAACGCGCCUUCGGUACCAGGCGCAACAUGGGUUGCGGGUUCGUCGAACAGUAAGGCUGGACGUCCCCAAACAACCUCCUCGGCCGCGUUCCCGGCGCUGCCCAGCGGGAAUAAGAGCGGCGCGUCCAAGACCCCCGCCCAGCCCUCGUGGAUCGGCGGGACUUCGUCGUCGGCUAGUAUGGCCAGCACGAGCAACGCACCGCGGCCUAUCGCCCGAACUGCGGCAACGGCCAUUGGUGGCGGUGGCAGCGGCGGAGGAGGAGGCAGCUCACGCCCACCGGCGGGCGGACAGGAGUUCCCCGCGCUUCCUGCUGCCCCUAAACCUCUCACCACCAUCUUCGGCUACGGAACGGGGGCGGUACGUCGAGACCUGGGUGGAUCCAGGAAUACAGGUUUCUCGUGGGGAGCAGGAUCGGGUGAGUCCUCGGCGCAGAACGGCGGCGGGGACGGCGAGGCCGACGCGGGCGGCGCAGGGGGCGGUAAGAAGAAGAAGCAGGGCAAGAAGCAGGUGCUUGUGCAGUGGGGAUAA